GAUAAACCGUUGUCUUCUCUCUCUCUCAAGCGUCGUCUUCACCGAGUCCACUCAACAAAGGACUAGUAUAUACUUUCGUUUCGACCCACAAUGCUCACAUUCCACAUUCUCCUUUGUUCACCCAAAGCCAGAACACUCACACAGCACGUAACGCCCCCCCGUUUCGGGUGCUUGCUAAACAUGGACACUUGAAGGACGAGCUUGAUAUCCCAUCUUCCGUGCAGCAGCAGUAUUGACGACCGGCGCGCGACGGAUACCACCACCAGCGCCACCACAACCACCAAGUCACACAUCCGGGAGUUUCGAGGAAACCGAAAAUAACUCAUCAUGGUCAGAAGCAAAAAGAAGCAGCAAGAGGAAGAGGAAGAGGAGGAGGAGGAGGAUGAGGGGGUGCCGCUGGUGAAGGGGUCGCCUGAGCCGGACGACGUUUCGGAUGAUCUUGACGCAGAACCCGCGAUGGACGGCACCGAGCGCGGCCGGCCGAUCAUGCAGCCGCCCAUAGACGGAGAGUCGCAAUGGGAUCAAUGGCGGCAGGCGGAGCGGGAAAAGCACGCGUUGCCCAAGGGGCUGCCACGCGAUUGCACCGACCGGCAGAUACGCAAUUCGGCAGCGCGCGGCGAGAUCUGGAUGACCUUGUUCUACGCGGUGAUCGAGGAGUGGCCCGAGUUCGUGAAGCGGAUCAUCGCGCUGGGCAUCUCUGUGGACGUGAUGAUUCCAGAGGGUAUGCGGAAUCCUUACGGUGCGUUCUGGAAUGACGGCCCGUUCAUAAGGAUGUGGUUGUCGCCGUCGGCGCUUCACAUCGCGUUGAUAUACCACAGGGAGGACAUGGCAAGACUACUGGUCGAGUCUGGCGCCAAUAGCAUGUAUCCCAUGUACACGACUGUCAAAUUCCGCAUGUCGAGGCGAAUCUACAAGUGGGAGUACAAUCUGCCUCUCAACCACGUCCUCCUGAACGACUUCAGCGAGAGCUUCUUUCUGUGGUUUCAUCGUCAAGUAGUGAAGAAGCUGUCAGCGGAUACGGGGAAACCGGGCUCGGAACCGGACCGUUGGCGUCCCCUCAUAGCGCUAGCUAGAUUUGCGAAUAAUCACUUCCAUUACGAUCGGUUGAACCUCAUCCUCACCAAUCCACGAUUUGAACGUCACCAAAAAGUCACGCUCGAGCACCUGAAAGUCGCGGCGGGGGGAGCUUUCCCCUUGCGCACGAACCGGAUCACACGGAACGCCGUCAGGGAACGCAUUCUGAAUCGACUGAUCCUCGAAACGGGAGGUGGUUACGAAGGGAACAAGUUCGCGACCCUCAUGCAAAACCUCAAGGGCGACCCUACAAUCAGAAAAUCCGAAAAAAACCUAAAUCUGGUGACUAGACUUAGGAGAUUGAAGGCAAAACGAGUCGAGACAAUUCCGACCAAACGAAAGUCCCGCUGCGGUAUUGAGAACAGGCAUGAAACCGUAAUUCCCAUUGUGCACAAUGACAAAGACCAAUGGCGGCGGAUGCAGAGGCAAUGGAGGCACCCGAAUGUGAAACAUGGGGAGGAAGAGGGGGGGGAGGAGUGGGAGGAUGAGGAUGGGGUUGGGGAGGAUGAGCCGCUGAUCCAAAAGACGAAGCGACGGGUAAAAGUGGACGAUGAGGAGGAUGAGGUUGGGGAGGAUGAGCCGCUGAUCCAAAAGACGAAACGACGGGUAAAAGUGGUGGAAGAGGAGGAGGAGUAGGAGGAGGAGCCGCCGAGGGUGGCAAAGGCGAAGAGAUAAACGCGGAGAGCAAUCAGACCUGCUAGUACUAGUAGUUUUGCAGUUUAACUAGUUAUCUAGUUGAAAUGGUUCGUAAUUCGGUUACG